AUGGCUGAUUUCCCGAACGGCAAGUUAACCAGAACAAAGAAAAGGAAAAGAGAGUACAGUAAAAAAGGGUGUAAAGAAUGCAAAAGACGAAAAAUCAAAUGUAAUGAAGCCCAUCCUACAUGUCACGAAUGUGCCAGGUUGAAUAAGGUGUGUUCGUAUCCGGCUCCUGGCGAGAAAGUUCUCCGAGUAUCGAAGAAAGCUUUAGGUAGUAAUUACCCCAAGUCACCCAGUACCGAAGGGAGUAGUCCAAAGUCUCCCAUUCAGAAUCAUACUCCAAACCAAGGAGCUAAAGGGACUUCACAGCCAAACCAGCCAAACUCGCCGGCUUCAGAAUCGCUAUCCAAGACUUAUAGUCAAAACGCAGCUUUGAAUCCAAUCCCAACCCAAAGUCCCUAUAUCCACCCUGCUCAUGAUCAACAUGUAGCUACCCAUGGUUUCCCCACAAGAACACCGUUUGCUGUGCCUAUGUAUCCAACAGAUUCCUCGACUGCAAACAGUCCUUAUAGUAUACCACCUCAGUCUCGGUUUGGACCUCCCACUAAUCAUGCAACUCCAUUACCACCCAUUUCUCCAGCAGGCUUCUCUGCAUUGAAUAAUUCCAGAAUCCCACCAUCAUCGAUAAAUAAUCUUCUUAAUGAGGCAAAGUCACCAGUGGCUGAACUAAGAACGCACGACUCUCCCGAAACCGUCUCUUCGAGAGGUCCAGAGUCUCCAAAUCCCGCAAGGUUUGAUACUGAAAAGUCUUCUUAUCAGACCCUUUUAUUUCAAAAUAAUAAUAAUCACGUAACCAACAACCCUUCUAAGUCCGGUUCAAAUAGUGCAGCACAAUCCAAUGAUGGCUUGAUAUUCUUGGAUAAUUACCAUUUUUUCAACCAAGAAGACUUGAAUGUUCUUGCUAAUGAUUUGAAUAACAUUGUCACCGAUAUUAUGUUUGAAUUCAAGUAUGAUGAUAAAGUUGGAAAAUCUGACCCCGAGAUAGUCCCUCGUGAUCAAAUUUCUCAAAAGAAUGAUGAAGAGACCAAUCGACCAAAGAAAAAGUCCGAACCCGAAGCUAUACCGAGAGGUAUUCCUUUCGAUUUUAUAGCAGUAACUAAAAGUCAUGAAAAACUAUACCUUGAAGAGUUCUAUAACGAAUUCGCCAAUGUUAUUUUACCAUUCAAUGCCUAUAAUGAAUCCCUGAAAUCAUAUUAUAAUCCCGCCAGAGAUAUUUUAUUUCACUGUGCUUCACAAGAAUCUUUUCUUUUAGCGGCUAUUUUAGCCCAAGGUGCAAAAUCAUCUUUUAACAAGAAUAAUUUACCCGAAGACGAAGAAGCAUAUUGUUCCUAUCUAUAUAAAUGUCUUAAAUUACUCGGUCCAGCAUUGGGUGGGAAUGCCACUGACAAUAAUAAGGCCACACUUACUUCAAACAUAGAAGCUGUUUUAUUAACGGUGUUGUUAUUAACGUCAUCGAAUGCUUCAAAUACUAAACAAAACUGGAGACCACAUUUAAGGGGUGCUAAAGAUUUAUUGCUUAAAAUUGCCUCGAGUAAAAUCAAAAUACGAAACUCCCCAACAUUAGUUUUUUGUAAAUUUUGGUUUAUUUCGAUUGAGAUCUUAGCCGGGCUUAGCUCGAAGCUUGGUGGUACUUUAAAGUCUGAUGCUGAGCUAGAUUUAUUACUUACUUGUGGCGAUGAGUAUGAAAUUAAUGCAUUGAAAGAAUUAGGUCUUAUAUUGGAUAAUGGCUUUAAUCUCAUUGGUGGAUACCAUAACAAUUGUGUUCUUCAUUUACGUGAUCUCAUUAAAAUUUUGAAUAAAAUGAGAGCUGAUCAAAAAUCAUUCGUUGCACUGGACGUUAAUGAAUAUAUCAGACUAUUAUCCGAAUUUCAUAUUCAAGGCCAGAUCGAAUUUAUCAAUCGUAAGUGCAUAUUGAGUACUGAUGACUUCAAAGAUGGUGAAGCCCCAAUAGGCAAUUUACUUGAUCCCACAACUGUUCAAAAAGAAAAGAUCAUCAUCAGCUGGAUGGAUCUUUCCCAACAAUGUUACUGCUUGGCAUCCAAAAUAAUCAUUUUCACCAAAUUCCUCCAGUUAUCUCAUAAGUCACAACAAGUUCAAACUCUAACCGAACAAUUGAUCUCAUUAAUAUCCUUUUUAGGGAAAACCACCGAAACACCACAGCUUAUUAAAUGUUCGAUUUUGAUGAUUCAAUGGCCGAUGUUAGUAGCUGGGAUGAAUUGCGAAAAAGAAGAACAUAAGUUUUUAAUCAUGAAAUUUUUCAGAGCUUCUGCUCAUAUUGGUUCUGGUAGUGCUGGGUUCGCUCUUAGAAAGAUCAAUAAGGUAUGGAGCUUACAUGAGUCUACUGUAAAUACUACAGACUCUGAAGAUGAAAUUGAUAUAGUAUCAUAUUAA